CCCGACAGGAGUUCAGGCAUGUAGACGCACCAGAGGAAACCUGAAGGGCUUUCUUAUUAAACUGGAUCCACAAUCGGAAAACAAAACUUCUCAAGUAAAAGGGACUGACGACAACAACGUCAACUCUGCAUCAUGACGCCGCCAAAACCCCCGAGGAAGAGCCUCAUGAUGAAGACCGGCUCGUAUGACGUCCCCCAGCCGGCCUACGUAGACCCGGACACCACCGUGCCUGAUGCCGCAGAUGAAAACCAGCCCGAGGUGAAAGUCCGGCCUGUACCUCGCCCGAGAUCUAAAAUGUUUCCAAGAGCCCAGAGUCAAACCGACAACCCUGUGGACUCCGCAGCCAAAACAAGCCACGCAACCAAUGAAGCGAGUUCCCAGCACAGCGACGAGUCGGCAGAGAGGCCUCGUCCUGCUCGUCCCCCUCCGAGACCACCACUGGCCAGAUGUUGGUCCACCAGCAAACUAACACCAGUCGUCGACAGAGAGAAUCAAUACAUGAGUUUAAAUACUGAACCCAACGUGAAGCCUCCAGCCAUCGGCGCUGAGAGAAAACCAAAACCCUGUCCCGAGCGCCCCCCCCUUCCCGCCGUCUACUGCGAUAGACUGUCGUCUCUGAAGGAGAAACAUUCCAAGGCAAUAUCAACUCAAGAAGAUACAGCCCACUCCAACCAACCAACUCCAGACAUACCCUCUUUCUCUGAGGAAGAUGAGAGCCUGUGUGGAAUCUACGGUGAAAUGGCGACAGACGCUACAGACAGACCUGCAGUUCCCCCCCGACUGCGUCAGCGCUCCCUGCCAUGCUUCUACUCGGAGAGUGACAGCUUAUCUCUACAGUCCAGAACACCUCCUCCGUCAUUCAACCCACCAUCACCACCACUUUCCACAGGGUAUUCAUCAGAGUCCUUUUACAGUGAGUUAGAGCAUCGAGCCUACCUGGACGUUCUGCCGGAGGACGAGGACAAACUGAUACACAGGAGGUCAACGCCUCCUUCAGGACAACGCUUCCCGAGUCGCGGCGUCUAUUCAGGCCAUCAGACGACCAGAGACACAGACGACAUCAUUGGGAUGUUGAGAUGGUUGACAAGAGUGUCCAAAUGUAACUACAUGACUCCAUCACUGUACGGCCUCAGUAUAGAAGAAGAAAUCAGGUCAUUUGAUCAGAGAGUGAGGGACAUGAGCAAAGCCCUGCGCCUCUACAACCUCCUCCUGAUGAAGCGCAACGAGACCCUGCACAAAGUCAUCGUUGAGUUCAUCUGCAUCUCCGACGCCCUGGACAAGCUGAAGAAGAAGGCCAAAUCCAUGGGCAUCGCCGGAGGCACCACAGGCGCCGUGGGAGGGGUGACUGCAGUGCUGGGCAUCGCCCUGGCUCCUGUGACCAUGGGGGCCUCACUCAUCGCUACAGCUGUGGGCGCCGGCAUGGUGGCCUCCGCCGGGGGGAUGGGCGCCCACACUGCUCAGGCCAAUAAGAAGAUUGUGAAGAGGAUGCAAGUUGAGAAACUAGUGUACGAAUAUAAGUCAGAUAUCGUGGACGUGGAGCUGUGUCUGGAUUUUAUCCUCUCGGGGAUGAAUGAGCUGCGACGGCACGACAUCGGCAGGAUACACCGGGCGGGAGCCGAGCCCGACGCGGUGAAGAUGGCACAUCUGUCGCAGACUGUGCUCAACAACAACUUGAGCAAAGGCAGGAGGACUUCUGCUGCUCACCCGUCGUCUGAAAUGCUGCUCCUGGCUUUCGCUAAGGAGCUGGAUCAGUAUUUCACAGACGAGGAGGGUCAGAAGCUGAGGAAGUCGAGCAAGAGCCGGUUCUCAGGGAGGGUUCGGCUGCUGGCUAAGAAUCUGCAGGAUCAACUGGAAUACCUGAAUCACAUGUGGGAAAUGUUUGGCUGAAUCCGCGAAGUCUUCAGACAAUUUCAGACAUGAACUCCGAAGGAUGUCUGCAGAAUGGGGUCUGGACUUUCUCUGCAGUUUCCCGUCCACACAUGAACAACGGAGCAGGAGAUUCUCCGCUCACACACGUUCAGAGCAGAGCAGACGUCUCCGGAGAGCGGCAAGCAGAGGUUUUCUUCAUCUGUGUCUUCUAUGUGAAUCCAGCCACUUAUCCAUCCUGAGAUAUAUUGUUUUAUUUUUGUCAUUUUUGCAUCCGUCCAUGUUAGAAAAGUCAUAACACGCCCACUCGCUCACGAUCGAUCCUCCGGAGGAUCUCCUGCUGCCUUCUCAGAUCAGCUCCUCGGGACAUUCUCCAGAGUUUAUUCUAGUUGAGUGACAGGAGAAACUCCAGAGAAUGUCCGGAGCCUUUCACUUGGCUAUUUGAGUUCUCAUAUACAUCCCCUUGUGUGUGUGUGUGUGUGUGUGUGUGUGUGUGUGUAUGUGUGUGUGUGUAACUGAAUGACUUUUGCAAUGAAUAAUGAAGAAGAAACAUAACUGCACAAAUCAACUCUUUAUUUGCCACAUAUAUAUUUUAAUAAAUUAUAUAAACCAAA